AUGCUUUCCAAGUCGUUGCUGUUGCUGGCCACCGCAGCCUUGGCCCUGGCCACACCCAUCCGCAGAGGUCCCGGUUGCUCAUCAGGGACCACAUCUCCCGCUCUGCCCAAGACUGGUGGUAGCAAGGAGCUCCCCAAUCCCACCAACUCUUCUCUCAAGGCCAUCGUUCUCGGCUUUGGCAUCCAGAACUACACAUGCUCAGGCGCUGGUGCCGAAGCUAAGGCCUCUGGCGCACUGGCGAUGCUCUACGAUGUGACCGACCUCUACCCUGGCCAGAGCACCGACUCCCUCACCCUCGCGACCUUCAACGCCCUCACUUCUGUCGCCCUCUGGACGCACGAGGUCCCAUUGAAUCUCUUGGAAGCCAAGUCCGUCGCCCAGGGCGCAAGCUCUUCCAGCCCCUUCCCCGCCGACGCUUCUCUCAAGAUCGGCAACCGAGAGCUUCCUUACGCCGGCCACCACUUCUUCAACGCCGGCGGUGCUCCCCAGUUUGUCGUCUCAACCAAGAAGGCCGCCAUCAACAUCGUUGCCGCCAAGCUCGACGACGCACCCGCCCCCUCGUACGCCGACAAGGGCCCCUCCGGCACCGGCGCUGUUGCCUGGUUGUACCUGGGCCAGUCUACGAGCACAAAGUCAACUGGAGCCAAGUACGUCUACCGUGUGAACACUGCUGGUGGCAACCCCGCCACCUGCUCUGGUGAGGGCACUGAGAGCAUGGCGUACACCACGCAGUACUGGCUCUACGAGUAA